UCUCUAAGGGGCUCUCACUCGGCGCGGCCAUGGAGGCGGACGGGAGCCAGGCUACCUCGGGGAGCCCCGGAGAGGCGCAGCACGACCCCGGCAAGAUGUUCAUCGGCGGCCUCAGCUGGCAAACCUCACCAGACAGCCUUAGAGACUAUUUUAGCAAAUUCGGAGAAAUUAGGGAGUGUAUGGUCAUGCGGGACCCCACCACCAAGCGCUCCAGAGGCUUCGGGUUCGUUACGUUCGCGGAUCCGGCGAGUGUAGACAAAGUCCUGGCCCAGCCGCACCACGAGCUGGACUCCAAGACGAUUGACCCUAAAGUUGCGUUUCCCCGACGAGCACAGCCCAAGAUGGUCACAAGAACAAAGAAAAUAUUUGUAGGUGGAUUAUCGGCUAAUACAGUAGUGGAAGACGUGAAGCAAUACUUUGAACAGUUUGGCAAGGUAGAGGAUGCCAUGCUAAUGUUUGACAAGACGACCAACAGGCAUAGAGGAUUUGGCUUCGUAACUUUUGAAAACGAAGACGUGGUGGAAAAAGUCUGUGAAAUUCAUUUCCACGAAAUCAAUAAUAAAAUGGUAGAAUGUAAGAAAGCACAACCUAAAGAAGUGAUGUUUCCACCAGGGACGAGAGGAAGGGCACGUGGAUUGCCGUACACCAUGGACGCGUUCAUGCUAGGGAUGGGAAUGUUGGGUUACCCGAAUUUUGUUGCAACAUAUGGCCGAGGAUAUCCUGGAUUUGCCCCAAGUUACAGUUAUCAGUUCCCAGGUUUCCCAGCAGCGGCUUACGGACCAGUAGCAGCGGCAGCCGUGGCGGCAGCAAGAGGAUCAGUCUUGAAUAGCUACAGUGCUCAACCGAAUUUUGGCGCACCCGCUUCCCCGGCAGGCUCCACCCCAGCGCGGCCCGGAGGCUUCCCCGGGGCCAACAGCCCCGGGCCCGUGGCGGAUCUCUACGGCACGGCCAGCCAGGACUCCGCCGUGGGCAACUACAUAAGCGCCGCCAGCCCGCAGCCGGGCUCGGGCUUCGGCCACGGCAUCGCCGGACCUUUGAUUGCAACGGCUUUUACAAAUGGAUACCAUUGAAACGUUACACAUGGUUGGUUGCCAUCUCACUUGGAGAGUCUCUCUGGAUGUCCGGGCAAGACAGGGCGAAGUUUCUGAAGGGGCCCACGGUUGGGUGAUCUCAUCAGACUUUGAGCACUACAUCAUCAUCACCAUCACCAUCAUCAUCAUCACCGCCAACGCAAACUGGAGGUGGCACUCGAAGGACUUGGGUGGUUUAAAAUCUCUCUCAUCAUCUCAUGAAUCUGCUGUACUAUAAAAACAACAGCUUUUAAAAGUAUGUAUAUAAAACCCA